CGCGUAAAAGGGCUGCGAGUCUGAAGUGGGACGGACAAAGAGGGGGGAACUCUGGCCCCGUCCCGUUCUGCACUUUUAAUGAGCGCUCCUCCGAUCAGUCAGGAGUAAAAGUCCAGGUGGAACAGUUUAGCCUUUCUCCACACGCCUGCUGCCCCGCGCUCCUUUCAGGGAAAUAGCGCAGGGAAUUACCUUCACUGAAUCGCCUGAAGGAAUAUUUUUUGACUCUCUCAGGUUGGGAGAUUGUUCUGAGACAUCUGGUUGACCUGCUGAAUCAGCGCCACACUCAUCAUGAUCAGAGCAUCACUCACUGCCCUUUUCCUCGCACUGCUUCUAUCCUGUGCUUGCUGGGCCAAGCCCAACGGAUCAAAGAACAAGAAACCAAAGCAAGUUGUUCCAGAGAUAGAGUGCGAUGUCAGAGCAGGGAAGGUUAACCUCCCAGAGUUCAUAGUCAAAUGCCCUGCACACUGUAAAGAAACAAAGCAGCAGGUUUACGGUACAGGAGUGUUCGCUUCUAUUUCCAGCAUCUGCAACGCAGCCAUUCACAGCGGUGUCAUCACAAACUCAGGAGGAAAGGUGAUCGUGAGGAAGAUGGCAGGACAGAAUAUUUAUAAAGGCAGCAACUCCAAUGGAGUACGCUCGCUGUCUCUACCAAAGUGGAGGGAGUCAUUUGUUGUCUCAGUGGGGAAGCCUAAAAAAGGAGUAAUCUACCCAUCGACACUGGACUACGUCCCUUCAAGACCGACCUAUGUCAAGACAAGUCAGAAGGAUGCCAAAUCCACACCUAUGCCCACGACAGUUGCACCUGAACCAACCACAACAACAACAACUGAACCUCCCACGACUACCACCACCACGACACAGGCCCCUACAACCACCACCACCACCACCACAACUACAGCACCACCCACCACUACAAAAGCUCGAGCUGCUGUGCACAAAGUCAGGGAUGCAGGCAGCAGUCACCCGUACCUUUCCUCUGUGGCAUCCACAAACUCAAGGAUGACACAAAAUACUCAAGGAAAGAUUCUCGGCCAAGUAUUCAGAGGCGGUGCCUAUCCAAACAGAUUUCCACAGCGUGCCAGUGCAGGACCACGGAGACCGGAGCCAGGUGCUACAAUCAGGAGGCCUAUAUCUUCUCCAGUCAGCCCAGUUUACAACAGGGUUCAGCCAGCUCAACCUGAGCGUACUCCAACCAUGAGGGAGUCGAACCCCGCUUUCCCCAGACGGGAUUGGGCGGCACCAUCCUACCCUCGACCCGACCAGUUCCCUGGUGCUCGACGACAAACAGACAUCAGUCAUGCAGGUCCUGACACAGGAUACUCAUGGAGUGAAUCAGACACACCCGAGACAAGCGCUCGGGAUCAGAGACCUGGUAUGUCAGAGUAUGAGCGCUGGUAUUAUAACUUUGGACCACACCCCCCGAGAUCCGCUGACUCAGACACCAACCGUAAGAUACCAUUGGAAACAGGCCACACUCGAGUGGAGGCAGUGGAUGCCUGGAAAGCAGAUGGAAACUUUUAUGAAUCAGGUUUUAACACGAGGGAGCAAGAUCCUGCACCGAGAGCACCUGAGCCUUUGUCGCAGGGAGACCAAAACUGUAAGGUGGACCUAGCUUUUUUGAUGGACGGCAGCUGGAGCAUCGGGAAGCGGCGUUUUAAGAUCCAGAAGGAUUUCCUGGCUGAUGUGGCUCAGACCAUCAAUGUGGGUGUGAAUGGACCCAUGAUGGGCAUCAUCCAAUAUGGGGAUGAAGCUGUGACGGAGAUCAGCCUGAAGACCUACUCCAACUCCAGAGAGGUGAAGUCGGCCAUAGAAAAGAUUGUGCAGAAGGGAGGCCUGUCAAAUGUGGGAAAGGCCCUGUCCUACAUCAACAAGCAGUACUUCAGUGAUGCCAAUGGAAACCGAGGAGGAGCUCCUAACGUGGCUGUGGUUCUCGUGGACGGCUGGCCCACAGACAAGGUGGAGGAAGCAUCUCGACUCGCUCGAGAAUCUGGCAUUAACAUCUUCUUUGUCACCAUUGAGGGCCCUGAUGAGAGUGAGAAACACAACCUGGUUGAGACCAACUUUGUUGACAAGGCUGUGUGUCGCACAAAUGGCUACUACUCACUCCCAGUGACCAGCUGGUUUUCUCUGAGGAAAGCUGUGCAGCCCCUUGUGAAAAGAAUGUGUGACACAGAUCGCCUGGUGUGCAGCAAAACCUGCCUGAACGCCAAUGACAUCGCCUUUGUCAUUGACGGCUCCAGCAGUGUGGGGACCGGUAACUUCCGCACCGUGCUGCACUUUGUUGCCAAUGUCACGCGUGAGUUUGAGAUCUCUGACACAGACACACGUGUCGGUGCUGUGCAGUACACCUAUGAGCAGAGGCUGGAGUUUGCCUUUGGACAGUACAACGACAAGUCUGAGCUACUCAAUGCCAUCAAACGCAUCAACUACUGGAGUGGGGGCACCAGCACUGGUGCUGCCAUCACCUACGCUGCAGAGCAGCUCUUCAGCAAAUCCAAACCCAAUAAACGCAAGAUCAUGAUUGUCAUCACGGAUGGUCGCUCCUAUGACGAUGUCAGAGCUCCUUCACUGGCUGUCCACCAACAAGGUGUGAUCGCCUACUCCAUCGGCAUCGCCUGGGCAGCCCAGGACGAGCUGGACUACAUCGCUACAGACCCUGACAAGGAGCACUCCUUCUUUGUGGAUGAGUUCGACAGUCUCUACAAGUACGUGCCCAAGAUCAUCCAUAACAUCUGCCAGGAGUUCAAUUCACAGCCCAGAAAUUGAGGACAGACGCUGGAGGGGGAGGUGCAAAGAGGAACAUCUUGAUGGUGGGCUGUCUCAACAAGGCGCUGAUAGUAAAUUUACUCACUCAGUUUCCCAGAUGGUGGUGCAAAUUUGGCUACAGCUCUUCGUAUUUGAACAGGAAAGUGUUUUUUUUAGGUUUGAGUGGAACCUUCAAUCUUUAAGUCAAUCAACAUUCUACCCCACCUACACUUUAGGAUGCUAAUGAUCAAUAUUUUGCACACUCACUAUAAUUCUGAUGCCAUAGUGUCAUUUUGACCUUAAAAUUUAAACAUUUGUUGUUACCACUUCAGUCACCAUUAUAAAGGGUUUAUAUUUCUUUCUUUUUGUUUUCUAAUAAGCCCAGAUCACUAGUAUUGUACAUGGGUUUUGCCCAUACGUAAUAUAAACUCCGGCAUUCUUCUGCAGAAAAUCUGGACCUGUGUUCUAAUCAUAACAAAAAGCUGUCAGUGUUUACAGACUGCACACAGGGAUGGUUGGUAAUUGAUUUGUAAGUUAAGUUUUGUAAGUAACAAAAAGAAAGGACUUAGAUGUAAAGCAAAAAUUAUUUAUCCUGAAAGAGAAGCCUGUUUGACCAAUUCAUAGACCCUCAAUAAAGGUUCUCUUAUGAAAAUGUGUUGCCAGCCAGAUUAACAGUCAGAAACCUGACCUACACGGGACCAUGGUGCUUGCAGACAAAUGUAGACGUAAAGCAUGCCUAGCACUUCUUCUCUUGGCUUCACAUACUUCGUACACUUAAUAUGUUGCUUUUUAUACAAUUCUCUGUGAAGAGGAUAUACUGUCUUAUAAAUGGUGCAUUUUGAUCCUUCUAAUAGGAGCGAUUUGUUAGUGGGGACAUUGUUAAAGUUCCUCUGAAUGAGAAAGUGGCUGAUUUAAUAAAAAGAAUAAAAGUGGUGGUUGAAAAACAUGGCUCUCGGGCAACAGGUGAAUCUGACGAGCCAACAAUAAGGAACAAGGAAGUGAACUUUGGUUGAUGAUCGAGGAAAGGGGAGCUAGUAUAUCUUCAUGCAGAGCAAUUGCAGAUUUUCCAAUUGCUUGUGUGUAUUUUUUUCCUAACAUUGCAGCCAUUAUUGUUUUUUAAGGAGUAUUUAUGAUAUUUUUCUCUCAUGACCUGUUUGUAAAUAUACAUAUUAAAAGCUCUUUGCUAAUAUUGUUCAGAUUUUGA